AUGGAGGACCGGGUGAAGCUGAUGAAGGUCCUCCUGUCCAGGCACCGGUGGCCGCAGACGCGCCGCUGGAGGAACCCAAUUCCCUUCCCCGAGUUGUUUGACGGGGACACCGACCGCCUCCCCGAGUUCAUCGUGCAGACGGGCUCCUACAUGUUCGUGGACGAGACCACGUUCUCCAACGACGGCCUGAAGGUGACGUUCCUCAUCACCCGCAUGACGGGGCGGGCGCUGCAGUGGGUGAUCCCCUACAUCAAGUCGGGGAGCCCCCUCCUCCAAGAUUACCGGGGCUUCCUGGCCGAGAUGAAGCGGGUCUUUGGCUGGGAGGAGGACGAGGACUUCUAG